AUGUGCAGGCCUGGCGGUGACCAUGCGCGAUUGAAGUUGCGCGCGCAGGAUGUCGUUGGUCGUGCGGGAUUCCUUCGAAAUUUGCAAUGGCCAUUGGGAUUAUUGGGUGGUCGACAGAAGCGUGGGAACCAGACGGCUACAUUGGAGAAGGAUUUUGAUGGCGACACGUCGCCGGAAGAGGAGCUAGCUCGGCUUACCAACCCGCAGCAGAAUGUCGCCAUAUUGGGUACGCGGGAUUGCACCUACAACCACCAACAGGAGAUCGAGGCGCUCACCCAGGGACACGUGGAAAGGGGGCAUCGCAUUUUCACGUCAGGGUCCAGCGGCACAAACUCGGCAGUGAUCAAAGCAGUCCUUGACAAAGGAAGGCCUGAGUUGCUCACAGUUGAGCUUCCACAAAGCUUGGAAAAGCAAGACGACGAGGUUCAGGUGCUGCUGGAGAGGUGCAAGGAAGAAGGGGUGACAGUAUGUCCCCACAGGGAAUGCGACCACUUGGAGCUUGCUGCCGCUGCUGCGAAGUGCAACACACGCAUUCUGGGUCAAGUAGACAGACUGGUGGUUUUCGCCACCCACCGCUCCGACAAAUACUUGGGCUUGGUCAAGGAGGCCAAGAACAACAAUGUGAUGGUGGCGGCCUUUAACGUCGAAGUGUGA